GGAAACUAUAUUGGAAUUUUCCUUGGUGAAUCUCCUCUCUUCCUUUGAUUUGAUGUCAUGGCUGGGGCAAAGAACAAGCCAACCGGCCCCAGCAACUUUCUUUUGUGGUUACUCCAUCGCAUGUACACGGUAAGGAUCACCAUACUAUGGGUCAUGACCGUGCUUCUGGUGUGUGUGUUCCUGAUCUGGGGCUACGUGGAUCAGUUCUGUGAGCAUUGUGUGGAGCUGGAUAACCAGAAGCAAAUGGCAGGAGGAGAUGGGAGGAUCCAGCAACGGGAUCAGUGGCCGACAGCCAGCAGCAACUCAUGUAUGACAGUGAAUUUUGCCGAGGAGGGCAGUCAAUCGCUUGUAGCAUUGGCCAGUUAUCCAGGCUCGGGCAACACCUGGCUGAGGCAUCUAUUGGAACACUCUACCGGCAUUUAUACAGGCAGUGUCUACAUUGACAGGAGACUCAAAGAGGGCGGUUUCCGCGGAGAGAGUGUCAACUUUAUGAAGAAGAGUGUCCUUGGUGUGAAGAUGCACCGAUGCAGUAAGAAUGAGCUGGGAAAGUUUGAGGCACUUAUCCUUCUUGUCAGGAACCCGUAUCAUGCGAUGAUUUCAGAAUGGCAUAGAUACCACUCCACUGGACAUGUGAACAAAGUUGAUGAAGAUACAUUCCACACGAAAGAAUGGGAGGACUUUGUCGAAGAGGAAAGCAGCCAUUGGGAAAGAAUGAUGCGCAACUGCUUAAAGGACUCUCUUAAAACCAAGGUCGUGUUCUACGAAAACCUUCAAACAAACUUGGAAUUUGAGCUUGCAAAUCUUCAUCUAUUUCUCAGGGUACCUAUCGAUAUUGAAAGAUUAAAGUGCGUGAAGGGCAACUCCGAGGGGAAGUUUCACAGGGGGGCGGAUCAAGAGUUUGACCCCUAUACAGAAGAAAUGGUUGCUAAAAUCAACAAGAGGAUCCUAAGUGCUGCUGUUGCACUCAAGGAGAGGGCAAAUGUUAAAUUUCCGGUGGAUUAUAGGAAAUUACCCGGUUCAUAGCACAGGUUUCUUGAUGUGUAAAGGUGGAUGCAUGUUGAACUGUGGACCGCAAAUUGUAGGUGCUAUCUAAUAUUAUCUACUUUAAGCUUUUGGAUAAUAUGUUUUCUGCUACCAAAUCCAAGAUAUUUCGUUCCUUAACUUAAAAAAAAAAAAAAAAGAUAUGGGAGCAUGCGGCCUCACCCAGGCAGAUGUUGAAACCCAGAAUGCUUGGAGAAAAGCCAUAAAGGAAAUGGAACGUCAUCCAUCCCACAACUUGAUGACUAUGAUGUCACUGACUUCAUCACAGUUUUCAGUGUACCUGAUGAUUCUGUGAAGUUGACAUAACCUCUAUGGCUUGAAUGAGAACGAAUAAAAAAGAAAACGUUAUAUGUGAUGAUGUUGAAUAUUGAUAAUUUUUUUCCUUAUUCUUGGAAACGUAUGAGACAGCAAAUGACCAAAUACCUUUCGCCCUUCCCUCCAUAAAUCUUAGUUGCAUAAAUUCAGAGGAUAAAACAUGAUGGAUCAUAAUCUGUAUAGUAUUUGUUUAAUGUUAAUCUUUGUUCAGGAGGUCAAAGUCCAACAUUAGUCUCAUUCAUUUUGAUAUCCUUUCAUACGGUUACAGACAACGAAUAUCAGCUGGUGUAGAAUGUAUAUUAAAAGGUUCAUAUUAACAAGAAGUUAAUGCACUGUAUAUAAGCACUCCAUACAAGCAAGCAAGACGUUGUUUCUUUUGUUGUUAUCAAAGGCCUCUCGCAAAUUGGCAACUUGCAAAUUGGCAACUCAGAUGCUCAGUACUUGUGUGAAUAGUUACAGGGCCUUGCAUAUUUUUUUGUUAUUGAAUAUAUGGUUACAGUAGAGUGUAUUGAUUAAGUCAGUGGGGCCAAACGUAGAAGGAUGCCAAACAAGAAAUGGCCAACUCAUUAUUUUAAUGAACACUCUAAAUAUCAGAAUUAUGGUCAUUUAUGAUACUCAAACUGGGUUUUUAAUUGUGACAGCACUUAAAAAAUGCCAUUUACGCCCAUAUUUUCUUAUGUUCUUCCUCAACUUCUUUCCCAAAUUCAGUUUAUUCAUUACGAAUAGAACAUAAUAUCUUCUUGUUACAAACAUUCCAAGAAAAUUAAUCCACCUCUCAAAGUACAGUAUUAUUUUACACCAAUUGUUAGAUAGAUCCCAUUGUGAUUUUCUGUAAAGAUUGCAGGCAUGUUCUUGUUUUCGUAAGAGUGGAAUACGCAGUUAGUCGAGGGGGGGGGCGGAAGGAAUAUUUUUAUCAGAAGUUUCUAGAGCAAUUUCCCUUAAGCACCUCCCAUUAAACAAUACAUAAAUUUGUGUCCAGAUGUACAACUUAUUGGUAGAAUUAUAUGUUAAUAAGCUUCUUCUAUAUGUGCAGCAGUUUCGUAGUACUACACAUACUUAUUGUGUAUGUUUGUGUGUGAUGUCUUUUGUUCAAUUGAGUGCAUGCGUGUAUGAAUAAUGAAUUUUGUUAUUUAUUUCAUUUUCAUGUUCAGUGUUCCUAUCAUUUGACAUUCUAUACAAAGUCAGCAAACCAAAUAACUAGAAUAAACCAUAUGACUAUUUUCAAAGGCACUCAUUGCAAUGAGUGGAGAGAAAAAUAAUCACUACGCAUCUCUUUAUGUACCUUCAUGUAAAUGUUUAAAACAUUUUUAUGCCUCCGCCCACCAAAGGUAAGAGACAUUAUGUUUACGGAUUGUCCGUAUGUGCGUAUGUGUGUCCGCCUGCUUUCUGGUUAAUGCAAUAUCUCAAGAACCACUUGAGAUAUGAACUUCAAAACUUGACGAUAGUACUGGUAUGUAUCAUCAUGGGAAGAGUAACUAGAUUAAAGGUCAAAGGUCACAGAUCAAUUUUUGAAAUUCUAGAUAUAGCCUUGUUACCGCAACGUCUCAAGAACCACUAGAGAUACAAGGCUCAAACUUGGUGAUAGUAUGUAUCAUCAACAUAGGAAGAUAAUCCAUUUGGGUUCAAAGUUCAAAGGUUACAGAGGUCAAUUUAAGAAAUGACAUGCUUUAGUCUUGCUAUUGCGAUAUCUCAAGAACCAUUGUGAUAUGUCACUAAUAAUUCCAACCAUUUUGUAUACUGGAUUUAGGACGAAGACAUAGGAGAUGCAGUCGCAUUUGUCUUGUUUUAUUAUGCAAUCAUUAUUUUUUCCUUUAUGUAAUCAACAUUAUUGUUAUCAUUCAGAUUUGCAUUUGCGGUAGUGGUGUCUAGUUGUCUUAUCUGUAUUUGUAUAUGUACAAAUUGAAAUGCCUUGCAAUAUUGUGAAUUCCUUUUUUUUUCUGUCUGUCUCAAACAAAGUCAAGUAGCCUUUGGGCUUAGCUUAAGAAAAGCAUGAAGUACAAGGGCUUAUUUUGCAAUUAUUAUUCUUUCACAGAUUAGUUCUUAUUACAUGUAUCAGUAAAUUUGUACACUUUACUUUUCGUGUAGGAAGACAUGAAUGAUUUAAUGAAUAUGAGUAAUACCCGGUCAUAAUAUUCAGGAUUUAUAUAGCACUUAAUACAUCUAUGAUGUCUUAAAGCACUUUACAGAUACACUAUUACUCUUGUAGUGUACCUUCUCUACUUCAUGGAGAGCAUUUGAACUAACGCUUCAUUGAUGUAUUUUUCAUAAAACUUUUUUAUUAAUAUGGGCCAUGGACAUCAAGUUCUGGUUUGCCUGCACACAAAUUAUGCACAUUCUCUACUCCCUGGGGAGCAUUCUAAGCAGGCACCUUUAAUACAACCACUCACAAUGCUGAACAAACAGCAAUGAUUGUGAAUAUGCACCAUUUUGUAUGAUUAUACCCAUGUGUGGGGAAAAGAAAUAGUAUUGUCAUCUGUUUGUUUAUUAAACAAUGAUAUGAUCUGAAAUGUGAAUAUAUAUAUAUAUAUAUAUACAGAAGAGAUCAAUAUAUUUGAUAUUUUGAAAUAUCACUGAAUAUAUGUAAUGAGAGGUGGAAAGAAACUUUUUUAGGUAAUGAUUCCGAAAUGUGAAUAUGUGAAAAGGAUGGAAACGUGUAAAUCAACUCAAAAUCACCUUCUCGUUCUUUGCAUUUUAUCCUGACUGAAAGGCUGAUGAACUGUGCUGUGAGCACAUUAACAUUUAUUUUGUCAUGUACGAAGCUUUAAAUAAAUAUGUACAGUUAUUGUGGGGUCUAUUAAUAUAUGGAGGAUAUAACAUUUUCAGUUUCAAGAAGUAGUUAAUCAGAAUUUGUCAACUAUUCUGUUUGUAACAUUCAUGGUCGAGCGAAAAAUAUUCAUUUGUGACUGUGAGCUAGUGGAUUUAAACUUUAUUAUCUUAUGUUUCCACUUAUCUACUAAUGGUUGAAAUUAAUUCAUGAGAAUUUAUUCAACUGUCUAAUAUUUUUACUAAUCAAUCUUUAAUAUUUAGAACUUUCUUUAUAUGCAUGUAUUGCCUUAUUAAUAUUAAAGGCACUUUUUAUUCCAUUAACAAAUUGGGUACAUAAAUAGGACAGACAAGCUGGACUAACAAAUUAUAUUAUCAGUUGAUGUUGUUUCUGUUGAAGUAAGUCAUGAGGUAGGGUUCAUGUAAUGAAGUUUUUGUUUUAUAACUGAAUUUAUUGAGGAAAAUCCCAGUUAGUAUUUCCUUUAUAUUGGUGUAUCAUUUUAUUGAUAUGUUUGAAAUACUUGUAAUUCUUUUACAUGUAUGUGUAUUGUAAUCAGUAAAAGGAAUUUACAAAAAUAUUCAAAUCCAACAUUUUCAAAAGAAUUUUAAUUAAAGAAAUUUUGGAAGUGUCUCUUGUGGAUAAAAUGAUAAAGUUUGAACUUACACUAUUUCUAAAGAAACAGAACCAAACUGCUUAUUUUUUAAGUAGUCUUUAUUGUAUUUAACUUGUUUUUUAUAGUAGUUAUGAGGGUGGGUUUAUCUAGUAUUGUGCUCAUCGUUAAACCUCAGAAAUGGAAUUUAAAAGCUUAGGGGCAUUUUGUUUUUUUCCGUGCUUUAUAAUUUUAACAUUCAGUAUUACCUAAAAAUUGUACAUGUAUUAUCUUUCAUGUACUAUCGUGUCACACCUUGCUAAACGUGCUGAAUAAUGAAUAAAGAUUCAUCAUCAACUGGA